CUUUUGCAGUAAUUUGCCAAUAGGCCUACGCCCCUCCCUCUGUAUUUGUGAGUACACUAUGUGUUACUUCUGACCCUGAAUGUAUUGCCACACAGUAACAGUCAUUUAUUGGUUAGACUUUAUUUUCUUAACCAUCAGCUCAUCUCACAUAUUUGAUAGAGACCUAUUAUGAGUUCAACCAUGUCUUCCCUAGGACCAUGAAUUGAGCUUUGGGGUUGGUUGUUAUGCAUGUGGCUGCCAAGUGUGUGUGUGUUGCGUGCGUGUAUGCGUCGUCGCACGUCUGUCUCUGUGUGUGUGUGUGUGUGUUCACUGGGGAACCAGCCCCUGUACGUUGGUUGCUGCACUUACAGAGGAAGUGUGUGUUUCCUUGGGGGGAGAUGGUGUGUGUGCCGUCACUCUCCUUCCAACUGACCAUGUCGUUAAACACACACACACACAGAAACACACACACACACAACAAUGGCUGCCCCUGCCCCCUACCAUAACUUAUCGGUACUCAGAUAUCUCAGACUCUGACGUAGUUUUCUGACAUUCUAAAUGAAUGCUGCUGGUGAUAGUGUUGAAUGACGUAUUUUCCUACAACACUGUAUGUACAUGUUAUUUUUGUAAGCAUGACUGUUUUUAAAUGGAGAAGCCUUUGUGCUACAAAAACCAAAUAAAUAUCUGAAGAGAAAUCAGAAGUGUGUAUUGUGGGAGAAUGUAAGUUGGGCUGUCAACAUACAUCCAUUUACCAAGAGAACAUCCCACUUCUGAUCUAGGAAGGACAGUUAGGCUUUUUUUUUUUUAAACAAGGUGUAUGUAUGUGUUCUUGUGUGGAAGACAGAUGUACAGUACACAAAUUAACUUGCAAACACACAUACAAACACAUCUAAAUAUGCUGCUCACCUCUUCCCAGAAUCUCUCAGUAUGUGGUGAUGUCUUAAAAAUGCCUUACUGAGACAGAUUGAAUGGGAGGAAGUGGCUCUAACUUCCUCAGGAAAGAGGGAUAGGAAACGGACGGGUUUGGACCGCUCAGUCAGGCUGCACUGGGCCUACAACUACAAGACUAAUGACUGAAGAGAGCUAGGCCUACAAGACCACAGAGCUGGGCUGGGGGAAAGAAAGAUAGAGCGAGAGAGUGACUGGGGAGAAAGAAAGAUAGAGGGAGCGAGAGAGAUAAAUAAUUGAGAAAGAGAGAGAAGACUGCCUUCAAUUUCCAUUGUCCUCUUCUGGACUUGGGAAGAGAAGAGUGAGCGAAAGAGAAGAAAAGGAGAAAGGGAUUUUCCCGUGGACUGGUACAGACCUGGUUGUGGGGUGGACAUGGGCCUAUAUCUGACGGGUCUAGGACUACUGCUCUGCUGUUCCCUCUCCUCCCCUCAGAGACUGGCCCCCUCAGGGAGAAAUAUCUGCCAGGACCUCAGGGAUCCCUCCACUCUUGUCUGUUGUACUGGAUGGAGACAACAGGGAGAGGAGUGUACUAUACCUGUGUGUGAUGGCGAGCAGGCCUGCCAGCAGGAUGAGGUGUGUGUACACCCGGGCGUCUGUCGCUGUCGACCUGGCUACUAUGGAGCCCACUGCAAGACACGCUGCCCUCCAGAGUUCUGGGCACCGGACUGCCGUGAGCUGUGCAAGUGCCACCCUCAUGGGCACUGUGACCCGAUCACGGGCGAGUGUACGUGCCUCCCCAACCGCUGGGGGCCACUCUGCCAGAACACCUGCAAAUGUGGCCGUCACGGGCACUGCCACCCCGUACACGGCAACUGCACCUGCGACGAGGGCUGGUGGACGCCCACCUGUGCCAAGCAGUGCCAGUGCUACCCAGGCACCUCCACCUGCGACCCACUGACCGGCAGGUGUCAGUGUGCCCCGGGGUAUUGGGGUCAGAAGUGCAGCCUUCGCUGUAGUUGCUACAUAUCAUCCUGCCAACAGAAGACGGGGGCGUGCGAAUGCCAGAACGGGUGGUGGGGUCCGACGUGUGACCGCCGCUGUAACUGUGACCUGGAGCACAGCGAGUGUGAUGCGGUCAGCGGGGAGUGUGAAUGUCAGCCUGGGUACAAGGGAGCCUUCUGUAAUGAACCGUGUGGACCUGGGGAGUAUGGCAGUGGCUGUAAACUGAGCUGUGGCCACUGUAAAGGAGGCCAGUCGUGUUCUGUGGUUGACGGUGUCUGUAUGGCCUGUGAGCCUGGGUGGAACGGCACACACUGUGACCGGCUGUGCCCGCGCGGUUACCAUGGAAACCACUGCCAGGACGUGUGCCCGCGCUGCAGGAACGGUGAACCAUGUGACCCCAGGACGGGGGUGUGUUCACGAUGUGAUCCAGGAUGGACUGGACCCAGGUGUGACGAGCCGUGCUCUAACAGGACAUUCGGGGACACCUGCAGCUUCCUGUGCAGCCCCUGUUUCCAUGGCCAUUGUGAUCACGUGACAGGAAGUUGUGUCUGUGGGCCUGGGUUCCAGGGACAGAGUUGUAACAUCACCUGUCCAGACCAGCUGUAUGGCUUUAACUGUUCCUCUGUCUGUGACUGUGGUGAGGGCACCGCCUGUCACCCAGCAACGGGGGCGUGUCCAUACAGUGGUCGCGGGGCUCUGAUCGCUGGUCUCCUGGUCCCUUUGCUCUUGGUGCUGCUGGGUCUGGUCUGCUGCUGCUGCUGCUGUGGAGGACCUACUGACGGCAAAGACAGGGUAGCAGUGGGUGACGGUGGUACCUCUGUCCGUAUGAAGCAUCAUGUGUAUAACGUCCUGGCCAACGUGAGCUCUGCUGUACCCUGUAUCUCUGUCUGGUCCUCUGGGCUACCCAGAGUCACAGUGUCCCACCACGACCCUGAGCUGACGUUCAACCACAGCUUCAUAGAGCCUCCCUCCUCAGGCUGGCUGACGGACGGAUCCUCCUUCGACAGUGAUGAGGAGACCGGAGAGGUGCUCUACUGUGUCCCCCCCAGAGAAGACAUCCCAGCAGUGGCGGGCGGUGAGUUCCAGGAGUUCCAGCAUGAGAUGAGUUCUAAGUGUAACAUGUUCCCCGACCCCUCUGCCUUCAGCGUUAGUGCAGAAGACAUGUCCCUCCCCUUUGGCAUCCCCCGCACCUCCAGCAAUGCCAAGUCCAAACGCCCCUCCGUCUCCUUCGCCGAAGGCACCAGGUUCAGCCCCAAGGAGCGCCGAGGCUCUGCCCAGGAUCUGACACCCGGGGCCCCUCGCACCAAACCCAAGUCCCCCUGGGGGGUCCUGAUGCUGUCAGCCCUCCAGGCCCAGGGAGGGAAGGCCUCAGAGGGGGAAGAGACGGAGACAGGUGAGGGGGGGGUGGAUGGAUGUGGAGGUGGGACUGGACCAUUGGAAGACCUAGGAUUCAGUGGUGAAGCAGGGGAUCCCGAUGUGGACAGGUACACAGCCACCCCGUCCCGAGCCAUGUCUACCCUGCAGGUGCCUGGAGCAGUGGUAGGGCGAAGACGCACCAUAUCCAACGCCGCUGUUACCAGAAAGGGCAGGCAAACAUCAGGGUCCACAUUCGAUGGCCAGCAGGCAGAGAUGGAUAAAGGGAUGGACAAGGUGACAACAGUGUACGUGACAGUGGGGAAGAUGGGGGUGGGAAGGCCCCUGUCUGAACUAGAGCUCCCCAGCUCGGAGGGCCCGGUCCAGGCCAUGCUACGCAGGCUAGGCAGCCUCCAGAGACACAAAGACCAGGAGGGGGGAACUAAGCCCAAGGGGAAGAGCCCGGGGAUGGAGGGGAUCACCAAGCCCCCCAGGAGGAAGCUGGGGGCCAGGGCCAGAGUGUGGGAGCAGGGGGGUCCCCCACCCUCGGGGGGGGAGGGUCCUGUAGGGGAAGGUGUACCUAUGAGGAAACCCAGUAGGAGGAAACAGCACGCCCACCACAGCUCGCCUGCUGUCAUGGGAAACACUGACGCUGGCAUUAACACUCACCCCCCACCAGAGGACGCCACUGCCACCAUUACGCCCACAAGGCCCCUGUCCUCCAUUUUGAAAAGCGUGCCAGAGGUCGCUGGGUCAGAGGUCAGGGAUGAAAAGUCAGGGCUGAGGGGAGAGAACGGCGACUCUGAGACUGAGAGUGGAUAUGGAGUCGGGCCAGCUGGAGUUGUAACGGACGCUGUUAGUCUGAGUGAAGUCAUCGCCAAUGAAGGAGUGGUGGCCAGUGUGGACGAUGGACCUAACCUUUAUGAGAACGUGAUGAUUAUGCAUUCCUAACUUCAGAUGCAAUGACUGUGGUGCUCUGUCUCCUCUCACAAUUUAGUAUGUAGUUCGACUACUAAUGAAUGAGGAAUUUGGAAACUAGCCUAAUGUACUGAAGUUAACAGUCGAGUCUGACAUGAACUAGCAAACUUUACAAUAUUGAGUAUACAAUCUUAUGAAUUACAAUAUGUAUAUGAUGGUUCUGUACAAUAUGUACUGUAUGUAUAUCAUACAACAAUAGGAUCAUGUUGAAAUCGCCUUACCAAAUAGCUAUCGACACUGUAACUGCCAUGUGUGAAACAACUAUGCAAAUUAAAACUAAAAAUGCAUGCUC